AUGGCAAGCUCAGCUGACCAGUCUGACACCGACAGCCCAUGGCUAAAACCCCGUCCAGACUAUCCAACAUCGUUCAACUUUUGUUUACUCAACAGCAAGUUGAAUGCUGUUGAGCCCCGGUCUCCCGACUUUGAGGCGGACGCUCUAGUCAAUAGGCCACCGAAGCAGUUUCCUUGUUUUGUAAUCCUCUGCAGUAACUACAUCAGUCUUGUCGUCUGCUUCUUUGGAAUCAUAACCAACAUAAUCAACAUCCUCAUUUUAACUCGGAAAGAGCUCAGGUCUUCAAUCAACUGCGUUCUCACUGGAAUUGCCAUUUCAGACUUGUGUCUCAUGGUAUGUUAUGUGCCCUUUGUCAUCCAUUUUUACAUUAAGUCUGACUUGACGCCGUCUCCCCAGAAAUAUUCUCUAGGGUGGACACAGUUUCUGAUGUUCCACAGUAACUUUACGGCUGUAUUGCACACGGCCUCGAUUUGGUUGGCAGUGUAUCUGGCCGCGUACAGGUACUACUACCUGAGGUCGCCCUCUCCACGGAACAAAUGUUUCAAAUUCCGGUCCACAUGCCUGGUUAUUCCUGCCACUGUUAUAAUGUCUGCGGUUAUCAUGUGUCCUAAUUACAUCCUAACGCAAGUGGAGCAAAGAGAGAUCUCCCCGAACCAAACCCUUUAUCGCUUAAAAGAUAUGGGCAUCGGCACAAGUAAUCCAAAUCCAAUUGCACUGGCCAUGUUUUGGAUAUAUGGAACUGCAGGAAAAAUAAUCCCGUCUGUUUUAAUCGCAGUAUUCGGCGGUAUGCUGUUUAACACAUUGGUUGACGUAAAACAACGCGCAGACAGUCUGAAGACGUCAAUGGGCGGACAGAGGACCCGCCAGCAUCACCGGACCACCCUGAUGCUGCUUAUUAUUAUCGUCAUGUAUCUCAUCACAGAGCUGCCCCAGGGCAUAAUGGUUCUUAUCAGCUGUUAUACGGAAGGAUUUUUCCAGAACGUUUAUAUGCCGCUCGGAGAUAUAAUGGACAUCAUCGCUCUCGUCAAUAAUUCCGUCAAUUUCAUCCUCUAUUGCUCUAUGAGCCAAAAGUUUAGGAAGUCGUUUCUAGAAAUGAUGCCAAAGCAUGACGUAAAAGGCUACACACAGGAGCUGGAAUUGAUUACACAGACAGGCACCCGGAUGCAUACGGUGUAGGCU